AUGAUUUCCCACCAUGGGUACCCAAAUGAAGAGUAUGAAGUCUUGACAGAGGAUGGUUAUUAUCUAACAAUAAACAGAAUUCCCCGGGGAAGAAAAAGCAUUUCAGUCAUAGGUCGAAAGCCUGUUGCCUUUUUGCAACAUGGCAUAUUUGGAGAAGCCAGUCACUGGGUGGAGAACAUGGCCAGCAACAGCCUUGGGUUUGUCCUUGCGGAUGCAGGCUAUGAUGUUUGGCUGGGAAACAGCAGAGGAACAAGCUAUUCUCUAAGGCACCAGACUUUAUCGGUGGAUCAAGAGGAAUUUUGGAAUUUCAGUUUCCAUGAAAUGGCCAUGUAUGAUCUUCCAGCAACAAUAAAUUUUAUUUUGAAGAAAACCAAACAGAAACAAUUAUACUAUGUUGGUUAUUCUCAAGGCGCUACUAUUGGCUUCAUAGCAUUUUCAGCCAUGCCAGGACUGUCUCAAAAAAUCAAAAUGUUCUUUGCCUUAGCUCCUGUGAUCUAUGUUAUGCAUGUCCCAAAUCUUCUAUUGAGAUUGCCUUCCUUACUUCCUCAACAUUCAUUUAAGCACAUAUUCGGUGACAAAGAUUUUACGUUUAGCCACAAGCCUGUGAAAGACUUCAUGACGAAAUUAUGUACAACUGCAUUUAUACAUAAAUUAUGUCCAAAUCUCAUUUUCUUUCCUGGUACUUACAAUACAACAAAUCUAAACAUGAGCCGAAUUGAUGUAUAUGCAGCUCACUAUCCAGAUAGAACAUCAGUUAAAACCAUCUUACACUGGAAUCAGAUGCUGGAUAUAGGAUUGUUCCGCUAUUUUGAUUACGGGGACAAAAAUCAGAUGACAUAUAAACAGAGUGUUCCUCCUUCAUAUCAAAUAAAAGACAUGUCGGUGCCAAUUGCAGUGUGGUCUGGGGAUCAAGACACUCUUGCAGACCCAAAAGAUAUAGAGCUCUUACUCUCUGGUAUUGUUAACCUGAUUUACCAUCGCUCAUGGUCAGACUGGAGCCACUGGGAUUUUAUCUGGGGACUCAAUGCUCCCCAACGCAUGUUCUUCAAAAUAAUUCAAUUGAUGGAGAAGUCUGUGUAAACCAGUAGUUUGCUGUAUAUUUCUGUAUGCAUCUGAAAUACAGAUUUGGAUUAUUUUAAAAAAGAUGCAUUCUCUAUCACAGCAAUUGCCAUUUUUCCUCACUCCCCUUCCCCAGAUUUAUUCAACCAUGAACAUCAUUCUCUUUUAACGACCCCAUAAUCCCUUGUGGGGUGAAGUCUGGGCAACUGAAUGGAGCUGAGUGUUUAUGGCCAGAUGCCCUUCCUGUCACCAAUGCGGAGUUUUGUUCAGCAGAUAUAUUCUCAUUGUGCCCAGAGAGAGAAAUAUCUGCCUCUACCAAGGAUUGAACUCACAGCCUCCUGAUUGUGUGGCGAGAGCUCCAUCUCUAGGGUUACCGCACCACUCAUUCAACCAUGAACAUGGCUGGGAUUAAAAGAAUCUUGCACACUUGGUUUGUAUUUCAUUUGGUCAGAAUGUUUAUUACUUCUGGAUAUCUGAGUUUUCCCUGUUUGUAUUCCCCAUCUGUACAGGUAGUCCUUGACUUAUGAUCACAACUGAGUCCUAAAUUUCUGUUGCUGAACAAAACAGUUGCUAAAUGAGUUUUGCUCCAUUUUACGAUCUUACUUGCCACCUUUGUUAAGUGAAUAACUGCAGUUCUUAAGUUGAUAACAUGCUUGUAAAGUGAAUCUGGCUUCCUCAUUGACUUUGAUGGUCAUAAGGUCACAAAAGAUGAUCGCUUGACCCUGGGACACUGCAACUGUCAUAAACAUAAACCAAUUGCCAAACAUCUGAAUUUUGAUCAUGUGACCAUGGGGAUGCUGCAACAAUCAUGUGAAAAACAGUCAUAAGUUACUUUUUCAGUGCCGUUAUAAUUUUGAUCCCUAAAUAAAUGAUUGUAAGUCAAGGACAACCUAUAUUAUCAACUACACACCACCUAGAAUUGUUUUAGAGUGGACAACCUUAUUACAUUUAAUUAAUUAAUUUAAAUAUGUGACUAUGGAGAUCCAAUCAAGACUCAUUGUCCUCAAAGAGAGUAAAGCAAGCUGUCAGUAUUCCAAGUAAUGCACCCAUUGAAAGCAUAACUCUGAAGCAGGGAGAUUCCUCAAAGGACAUGUUUAUUGGAUACAUCAUAUCGGCACAGCUGGUGAAAACCAGCUCUGACAGUUCCCGCCAUUUUCACCUAAUUAAAAGAGUAAAACUCCCCCCGCCCAGGUGUCACAGGUCACAUUGUCCAAUGAAGAUGGAAGGCAGGCUCCUCUCCUCUUUCAACAGCCACCUGUUUCAAUGACCUUGAUUCCUACAGGAAAACCUUUUGUUUUGAUUGUAGCCCGGCUAUCUAUUUCCCUCCUUCCCUUCCCCCUCUCAGGCUACGUGGCAACUAUGAGGCAGCACAAUGACUUCAGCCAGGUCCACUUCAGAGUUGACACAAACAUUUGUCUUCAACCCAAUUUAGCAUUCGAUAAAGAAAUGGUUGGGUGUGAGUCAGGGGUGAAAUGCAGCCGGCUCUAUCCGGCUUGUGGAAACUGGUAGCGCUGGUGGGUGAUGGUUCGGAGAGCCAGUAGUGCCAGCGGAGGGAGGCUCCGCCCCUCCCAAACCGGGACGUUGACCCUCUGAGCCAGUAGUGCCAGCGGAGGGAGGCUCCGCCCCUCCCAAACCAGUUUUGACCCUCUGUGCAUGUGCAGAAGGCUUUGCGCAUGCGCAGACAAUGGUGAGCGCACAUUAGCAAGCCGGUAGGAAAGGUAAGUGCAGUUUACCUCAGCAAACAUUGCUUGGAGGCACAGUAAUAAAGAAAAGCAGUAUGACUUUUCAGAAUCAGAAGUACAAGCACUUAUUGUGAUGAUAAACAACAAUUAGGGAAUUGAACAAUCAGAAAGAUAGAAAUACAAGGAUACCUGUAAUGAACAGGGGUCCCUAACCUCCGGAUCACAGUCCACUAAUGGGCCUUGAGCUGUUCAGAACCGGGCAGCAGAAGCAACAGGGGAGCACAAAUGCAUGCAUCCCCCCCUUGCACGAGCAGCGUGCAAUCACAUGUGCACAUGCUCUAUUUGUGUCUGCAAAGCUUGAAAGGUUCAAAAUGUUAUUAAAAUAUUUAAUAAUAUUUCAAAUAUUAAGUAAGUUAUUUUUUUUAAUUUAGUGCUAUUAUUAAACAAUAGGAAGCAGGGUUACAUGCGAAAGCAUGUGCCUUUGUUGUUAGUCAAAUCUAUUUCUAGCAUAAUGCCAUGAGUUUUUGUCAUGUAGAAAGUAGGACUCCUACAUUUCUUCUUCCUGUUUUUAAAAUUGUUCCAUAUUUGUCAAAUUUCACUUCGUCAAAUUCCAUAUUCUCAUACUUCCUCUCUUAUCACCCAAAUAAUUAUUGGAAAAUAACCUUUUGCUUCAAGUGGUAAUUGUUCUGUUAUAAUGUGAUAACUGCAAAGUGUGUUCUGAGAGAAGGAGUCCAUGACAUUAAAUUGAGUCCAUCUUAUUACAAUCUUCUGGUAGAAUUCAAUCUUCCCUUUAAAGUCACUGUUCUGAAGCUUGGUUGCCUAGUAUUAUUUUGUAUAGUGUAUACAAAUAUAUACACUAUACAAAAUAAAUAUAUCAUUACUGAAAUUAACUAAUUACCUUCCUACAUGAUAUUGUCAUGGUGCUUUUAUUGCUAUUUUAUCCUCAUCUAUAAUCUGAAAAGGUAAACUGGAGUUGUUGAAAGAUUUCAUUAACAUAUUUGAAUGGUUUUGUUAUUUCUUGAGGCCUGGGGAUCAGAUACAAACAUGCCUUAAAUAUAUAAGUACCUUCCGCUGUGCCCUUAAAACUUUCUUUUUUCAGCAAGCCGGGCUGGCUUAACAUAUUUUUUAAUAUUUUUAAAUUUUUAAUUGGUCUGUUAUCUUAAAUUGGGGCCAAAUUAAUAUAUAUCCUUUUAAUUGUUUUUAAUGUUUAUAUUGUAUGUUUUUAUCUGGCUGUACACCGCCCUGAGUCCCUCAGGAGAAGGUGCGGUAUAUAAAUUCGAGAUAAAAUAAAAAAUAAAAAUUCCAUUCAUA